AUUCCUGACGUUCAAGAAACUUUUCCUUUUAGUUUCAAUUCUUAACUGAUUAGUUUAACUGAUUUUUAAUACUUUGGAUCUUAAAGUCUAUAUAUAAAAUUGAAAUUGAAUUUUUCUUUGUUAUUUAGUUAUUUUAUUUGGUGUUUAAUAAGUUAAGAACAAUCAUUUAUUAUUUAUGUUUUACGUCUAUUCACUUAAAUCGAAUCGAAUCGAAUCGAAUCGAAUUGAAUUGAAUUAUGAGAGGUACGAAGUUAGUAGACAAUAGUCCUUUCUCAUACAAGAUUGUCCAAUAGUAUUGGACGGUGUAUUAGAGAUACACAACGCUACAGUUGGUACGAUUUGUCAGUGUUGCACCAUUCUUGUAGUUUUGAACAAGUUUGAAUUUGUAGAAUUUAACGUACUCCAACUAUUGUGUGUCAUUCUCACUUUUUGUGUGUUAAUUGCAUUUUCUUAUCCUUUGAUAUGAGUGAUAUCGACGAUAAAUUAAGUAAUCAUGAAAGAGGGUCGGAUAUCCGUAAAUCGGCAGAUGAAAUGGAUGAACAACGUCAUAAAACAGUUGCUUAUGAAUACCUCUGUCAUUUAGAGGAAGCCAAGAAAUGGAUGGAAGCAUGUCUUAGAGAAACUUUACCACCAACAACUGAAUUAGAAGAGAAUUUAAGAAACGGAGUGUAUUUAGCAAAACUUGCCCAUUUUAUGGCACCUGAAUCCUUGUCUGUUCAUAAAAUAUAUGACUCUGAACAAAAGCGCUAUGCAGCAGUUGGUUUACAAUUUAAACAUACAGAUAAUAUUAACCACUUUUUAAAGUGCUUAAAAUCCAUGCAGUUACCACUAACUUUUCAGCCAGAAACAACAGAUAUCUACGAUAAAAAAAAUAUGCCUCGUGCAAUAUAUUGUAUUCAUGCUCUGAGUACUCAUUUGUUUAAACUGGGCAAAGCUCCACAAAUUCAAGACUUAUAUGGAAAAGUGAAUUUUACUGAGGAAGAAAUAAAUGCUGUUAGUAAGGAAUUAAAGAAAUAUGGAAUUCAAAUGCCUUCCUUCCAAAAAAUUGGCGGCUUAUUAGCAAAUAAUAUGGAGAUUGAUGCAGCAACACUUCAUGCUGCAGUAAUAGCAGUCAAUCAAUCUAUUACAGAAAAAAAUAAUGAGAAAAUAUUAACUGCUCUUCAAAAUAAAGUAGUGCAGUUGAACAAUAUUAUGCCUUGCUACUGUAAGGAAUACACUGAUGCUUUGUUUGAAGCAAAGGAAUCUAAAGCACAAGCUAUGCUUAAUAGAUCUCUUAAUGAUACUUAUGUACCAGAUGUAUAUGAUGAAUUAUUAACUCAAGCAGAAAUUCAAGGUCAUAUUAAUUGUGUUAAUGUUCAGUGUACUAUGAAAAAUAUAAUUCAGUCUAUUCGUUGUAAAAAUAAUGAUUUUAUGGAUAUAUUAAAGACGUCUACAUUGUGUUUAAAAAAUAUCAUUCACGAGAACGCACAAUUGUAUAAAGAACAACUAAUGCAAUUAUUAGAAAGCUCUGAGUGGAACAAUAUAUAUUCAGAAAGCAAUUAUCAUCAUUGGAAGCAACUAUUUCAGAAGGAAAUUGAUAAAGCAAAUGAAACCGCACUUAAAUCUCGGAAACGUGAGGAUUGUGUAAAACUUUUAAAUCUAAUAUUACAAAAUGGUGUACGAGAUGAUUUCUAUGAAGUUCUAAAAAAACCUGAUUUAGGAUUGAGAGAAAAAAUUGAUGAUUUUGCAUUACCGUUAUAUUAUGAAGAGAUGAAAAUUGAUCGUAUUGAAUCUCAGAACGACCUUUCAUAUAGCGAUAUUGUAGCCAGUACGCGUGUUUUAUCAACGAUUGCAGAAAUUAGUAAAGCUGUAGACACGGGAAAUCCAGAUUUAGUUUAUCAAGCAUUGACAAAUCCAGAUUGCCAUGUUUCUGAAUUAGAUCAAGGGAAUAAAGUAAAGUAUUAUAGAGCAUUAGCAGCAGUUCGAUGUAAAAAGCAGGCAGCUGAUGAAGAAUGUCCUUUAUUAACAUAUAUCGAUAUUCAAGACUGCAUUGAUGCUGUCAAUCAACAGUGCCAAAUUGAUGAUGAAGUAAUACAAGUUCUACGUCAAUUAAACUCUGCUGUCGUAGAAAAUGACCGAAAUGGUAUUAUAGCUGCUUUAAAAAAUUCUAUUUUAAAAUUACAAACUCCUGUUUCACCAGAAGAUGUAUCUCUUUAUUUGAAAUUAUUUAAAAAAUGCCUCGAAGAAAAACAUAUUGAUGGUUCUGAAUUGUGGCUAGAAGAUGUAGAAAAUGUAACAAAAGUUGUUAAUACAGAAUCUUCAAAUGUUAAAAAUGUCUGUAAAUUUUUAUCAAACAUUAAUAUUGGAUUAAAGCAAAAUGAUAUGUCAUUUAUACUUCAAUGCCUUCAAAAAUUUGGUAUUAAAAUACCAGAGGAAUAUAAAGAAAAUUGUUAUAAAACCUUAUACGAUUUAAAAAAUAUGAAGAGUGAAAAGUACAAUUGCGAACUUGUUCGUUAUGUUACUCAUAAAAAUAAUGAAUCCUAUUUAGAUUUAAAGAACUACAAUUAUACUUGGGAUUGUCCAAAAAAUCUGACGGAAACAUUUUAUAUUGAUAUGGAAGACAUAAAAGAAUUAAUAAAAAGCAUUACUGCAAGAAAACACAAAAAGUGUAAAAUAAAUAAUCAGAUAAUCUGGUUCCAAGCUUAUGCCCGUGGAUAUUUAUUGAGAAAAAAACUUUCUAACAGGUUUACAUAUUUUUAUAAUAAUGUAGAUAAAAUUAUUCGAAUCCAAGCUUGGUGGAGAAGUAUAGUACAGCGUAAACAAUAUGAGAAAUUACUAGAAGAUAAAAAAAAAUAUAAUGAAAAAAAAUCUCAAAAUACGUCUUUGAAAGUGGAAACUAAAUAUGCAAACAUAUUGGAUUAUUAUAGAAAACAUGAAGAAAAAAUUAUAAAAAUACAAGCUUUGUGGCGGAGUCGUGCCGAAAGACAUGCUUUCCGUUCAUUGUUACAUAAGGAAAAACCACCAUUUCCUGUAGUUCGUCAUUUUUCUGCGAUUUUAAAUUUUAACGCAGAGGAUUAUGACAAAGACUUAGAGUUACAAAAUUUAAAACUCGAAGUUGUGCAAAGUAUACGACACAACCAGGUUUUAUCCCAACAAUUGGAUAGUAUGGAUAUAAAAAUUGGUUUACUUAUACAAAAUAGAAUUACACUACAAGAUGUUGUAGCCCAUGGAAGGAGCUUAGAAACUCUUGCAAAGCAAAAGCAUUCCAACAGAGAUCAAAGAAGCUCUUUAUCGGAUGGUGUUAUUUCACACAAAGGCUUAAAAUCAUUAACUAAAGAAGGUCGAAAAAUGUUGGAAGGAUAUCAACAUUUGUUUUAUGCACUGCAAACUAAUCCAAAAUACUUAUCAAAACUUUUAUUCCUCUUACCUCAAAGUAAAACAAAUAAGUUUCUCCAAAAUGUGAUUUUAACAUUGUUUAACUUUGGAUCAAAUAUCAGAGAAGAAUAUUUGUUAUUAAAAUUAUUUGGGAGUGCAUUACAAGAAGAAAUCAGAUGUAAAUUUCAAAAACCAUCUGAAGUCGUUACCGGAAACCCUCUUGUCUUGAAAAUGGCAGUAAAUUAUGCACGGCAAUUAAAUGGUCAAAGAGCUUUGAGACAAAUUGUUGGACCAAUUAUUGAAAAAAUUUUAGCCGAUCGUACAUUAAAUAUAGAAACGAAUCCCAUUGAUAUUUAUAAGUGCUGGCGAAAUCAGUUAGAAAUGGAAACAGGAGAAACAUCGAAUUUGCCUUAUACGGUAACACAACAACAAGCUUUAGAUUAUGAGCAAGUACAAAUUAGAUUAAAUAAAGGAAUAGAAUUAUUACAAAGUACUGUUUUAGAAUUUUUGACUAAAAUAACUGAAUCACGAGAUUUGAUACCAUAUGGAAUGUUAUAUAUGGCUAAAAUUUUAAACGACUCCUUAACUGAAAAAUUUCCAAAUGCUCCAGAAAAAGAUAUUUUGAAAGUAGUGGGAAAUUUGAUUUAUUAUCAUUUUAUAAAUGCAGCUAUUGUAGCUCCAGAUGCUUUCGAUAUAAUUACAUUACCAAUUGAUAGAUCAUUAUCAAAUGAUCAACGAAGAAAUUUAGCGAGUAUUGCAAAAAUAUUACAAUUUGCUGCUUCUAAGAAAGGGUUUGGUGAAGAGGCCACACAUCUAGUUUGUUUGAAUCCAUUUAUAAUUGAAUGCCAUGAAAAGUUUAAAAAAUUCUUCCGUUAUUGUUGUCAAAUUGAAGAUCUAGAAGAACAUUUUUGUAUACACGAAUAUACGGAAGCCACACUCAUUCAGAGACCUGAGAUUUAUAUUUCUUUACAAGAAAUUUGUGAUACUCAUUGUCUUAUGUUAGAAUAUCAAGAUCAGAUAGCAUCAGAUCCAAUGGAUUCCUUACAUGAUUUAUUGGAUGAUUUAGGUCCUGCGCCAACUGUUGCAUCUUUACUUGGAAUCUCUGAUGUUGCUUGUGAAGCGAAUUUAAUACGCUUUGGGAAAAUGGAAGUAUGUCUGGUACUCACGAAUAAAUUUCAAGUACCAGAAGACGAAGAUGCUAGUUUGAACAAGCUCUUCAUAAAAACGAAAGAAUUAUUGGUUUCUGUACUGCAGUUCUUAAAAGGUCAAACAUUAGUUAAAGCUCUAGAAGUUCCUGUAUGUUCUCCUGUGCAAAAAAACCUACACGACGUAAAAUGCUCCAGCUUAUCACCUACUUUAAUUACUAUUCAUAAGAGUUCAUCGUUGAAUGAUUGUAAGCUUCAGUUACGGGCGUAUCUUAAUAAACUCGAACUUGACGGAUGGGUCAGUCGAGACGAUGGGUAUCAAAAUAUUAUAACUGCAGUGGCCAAAGAUCUUUGUAAUAAAGGAAAAUAUCGAAUUAUUCGGAAUAAAGAAUUACAGACUUUACGAACAACUAAACAAAGACUGGAAAAAAAAUGCAAAUAUUACCAAGAACAAGUAGAGUACUAUAAUGAAUAUAUACAACGAUGUUUGGAGAAUCUACACACAGGCAAAGGAUCUUUGCAAGCACUUAAAGCCAGUCAAAAAAAUAAUCAAGUUAAAUUAAGAUCUAAGAUGACACUGAAAUAUUCUGCGGCCAAACUACAAGAAAAAGGAGUACUGUUAGAAGUUGAUGGACUUCCACAAUCGCAGUUUAAAAAUGUAAUUUUUGAAAUAAGUCCAACAGAACAUAGUGGUCUUUUUAGCGUGCGUUGUAAAUUUAUGGGAGUAGAAAUGGAAAAGAUUGAUAUCGAUAUACAAAAAUUACUUGAGUUACAGUUUGAAGGUGCACCAAUUAUGGAUAUGUUUGGUAAAGCAAAAGUUAAUGUAAAUUUGCUGUUGUAUUUAUUAAAUCGAAAAUUUUAUGGUAAAACUUGAAAAGAAGAGAGGAUUAAAUUAUGUUACUUAUAUAGCUAUAUUAAUAUGAAAAUUAUGCACUUGUGCAAUGUCCUCUUGCAAUUAUGAGCUUUUAAACAAAGAUUUGUCACAUAUUAAUUUCUUAUAGUUCGUGAAAGUUUUAGAUUUGAUUUACAAAAUUCACAAUUACCGUAUAACAAUUUUUAAAAUAUGAUUAAUAUUUGUAAAUAGGUAUAUUUAGAAGAAUCUGACUUUUUUUAAUACAAGAUUUCGUGGUAUGCAUGUAUCUGUUAUUGUGAAUGACCAGUAUAACAUAACAAGGUAUAGAAAAAUUUUACAAGAUCUUACUAAUUUAUAUAUAAUGUAAAACUUGCCUGCAAUGAUUCAAUUACUUUUAAUUUCAUGUAAUAAGAUAUAUUUAACAAUAAUACACAAAGAAGUCUAUGGAACAAAAGCUUUUAAAUAUGAUUAGAAAUCUUAGAAGAGAGAAAUAUAUAUUUUUUAAAUUUUAUAAAAAUAAGUAAACUAACGGUAGUAAAUAUCACCUACUGCUAAGAUAAUACUCUUUUUAAAUUUAUUUGUAUAAUUAAACCUAAUUCCAUCGA